GAACUUACUUGGCAAACAUGUUACUCAAGUCUCCGCACCCGGCUUCUUCCCCGUUCCCCCGUCGGUUGGAAGUCGGCCCCCCGGCUUCCCGAUUGAUGUUGGCUGCUCUCAUCCCAGUUGAGCCAACCAACCAUUUCCACCUGUCUGCGCACUGUUGGUCCAACACAUUUCUGUCGUCACGAGCCGACACGAUGUCCCCUAGCAUCCUUCAUCCUCUUCGAACGCCAUUUUACGUCUGCGACAACGACAGCGACAGCGACUGAACGACUGAAGCGAGAUGGCCAGCAGACCUUGGGACACUCUCCCGGCCGAGACCCUAGUCAGUAUUGCGGCCCAUCUCGAGGGCGUUCAUCUGCCGGACCUCUCGUCCUUCGCCCUCACGAGCAAAUCCUGCUACGCCGCCGCCGCGUGUCACUUGUUUCGUGACGUCCACAUCCGGAUCAAACAUCCUCAGAAGCUACACCGAGAUGUCGCCAAAUGGCUCGCCGUGUUGAGGCACGCAAAUGCUGCGAGACACGUCCGACGCUUGGUGAUGACUUUCGAGGACAAGACGCUCCACCACAGCGACCUAUACUCGCCCGACCGCCUGAAGCUGACGCCUGAGUCGGCUGACAGUCUCAGCUACGCCAAGCGCAUGCUACCAGAGAACCGCCGCCUCCGCGAUGCCUUUGUGAACCCGGAAGCGUGGGCUCCCAUGGUCCAGCUGCUAAAGGUUCUGGCCGGGUUGACCGAUAUGGUGAUCGAGCACGAGAGUAGCUUUUCGCCCUACCUUCUCGAAGCGCUUGGCACCCAGCACGCUAAAUGUCUGCUCGAGCUAAGGUGUUUCGACCUUCACUGUAUCGAAGGCACUUCUUUCAACCCAUACGACGUUGCCCUCCUUCUAUGUCCCCAGUUACACGGCAUCUCUAUCAAAGAAUACUUUCAGUCCUUUACCGGCCACACGAACGAAUCCGUCGUUUCCAGGCUCGUCAAGGGCUUGUCGCCGAGCCUCAAAAAAGUUGAGCUGGAGCCGGUCUUUGGGGCCAGAUACCACCGGAGAUGCAACCCUGAAUUCGAAAGCCAACUGCAAACUUUGAUAUCCCAAGCGACGAACGACAAUUUCAAAUAUUGGAGGAACGCAGCGAAGGUCACCGUCGCACCUAAACUUGGGUCCAUACCUUUCCUCUCCCUACAGAGAACCAGUCCUGAGAGAAUACGGGCGUGGGCCGAGACGACGGACUUUGCCCUGUUGCGCCAUCUGAGGCUGAACACGGGAUCGAGGGAGCUGCGCUGGCUUGCAAAGCACGCUGAGUUUCGCCAGCUCGACAGUCUUGAGCUGCACAAUCGCGGCUAUAUCGGUGCUCCUUCAGACGAGGAAAACUUCGACGAAAUAGAAAAUGCCGCCGUAGAUUUCCUAGCCGGCAUGCCCGCGUUGACGUCGCUAUCACUCGAAGGCCAGCUAACUUCGCCGAUGCUCCGAACAGCAGUCUCCCGAUUCGGCGGCACAUUGCGAAAACUGAUGCUUCGGCCGACCGCCAACGGCCUCUUGCCGGAAGAGGAUAUCAAGCUCGGCCCAGAGCACAUCGACCUGCUCCCCUUGGCGUGCCCGUUGUUGGAGGACUUGACGGUCACGGUGGCCGUCCCCACCUUCCUUUCGCAAUCGACAGAGUUGGCCGGGAUAUGCGAGGGUCUCGCACGGGUCCCGCUCCUUCGGAGUCUGCGCUUGACACUACGCUCAACGACAGAGGAGGAUCCACUGAUGGUGAGCAAGCGAAGAAGGCCUCGGAUCGAUCGCGAUGGGAGAUUUCAACCGCCGGACAUCCUGAGAGAGGACCUCACAGACGAGGUUGUGAAGUCGGCUUGGGACGCCAUCUGUGAGAGUGGCUCUCGCUUGGAACUGCUGCAGAUGGAUACUCUGUAUCGGUGGAGCGGCGCGCGCAAGUCUGAAAAUGUUCACCAGGUGCGCAGAAUCGGGGCUAUGGGCGAGGUAGUUGUGGCCGAGACACUCUACCGACGGAACAGGGUAUUGAGAUGGCGGGAAUAAUCUUGCCUCGAGGUGCUUCCCGCACGGCAACUGCGGUGGUGGGGGAAAACGGGAUCUUCUGUUGUACAUAGUCUUGCGAAACUCGGCCGGGUUGGGCAGGAGCCCGAACCUCCACUGUCAAUACCAUCCAUUUCGAUUAUCAUCUCACUGGUUAGUCUAUACAUCGAAAGUAUCCC